AUGCGGGCCAUCCCAGCAAGAUCCUCAUCCUGGCACGUCCUGCUCGGACUUUGCCUGUGUCUCUGCCUGACUUUCCACCCAUCCCAUGGCCAUGAUGCAGUGCCUCCUAGCGAAGACCUCAACCCGAACGACACUGGUCGCAGUCAGUCGGCGGCGAAUAGUGUGUCAUACUUUAAGGCGUCGAUUCCGAUGCGGAUCUACGAGUGCCUGCGCGAGUUCAGCAUGCUACACUGCACGAAAUUGUACGUGCUGCAGAAGAUGGACGAGCGCCGCCAGCUGCCCAAUAGUGGCAACCUGACCCGCGACUUCGUGGACCAGUUCUUCGGCGAGGAGACCCAGAUGGGCAGUCUGGUGGGCAAGAAGUACCAAAAGAUGUCCGAGAAGGAGCUCAACCAGCGCCUGGUGGUCAACUUCCAGCGCUUCUUCAAGCACCGCGACCUCAAGCUGCACUUCCUCUCCGGAAUGCUGGUGAAGAUCGUGCCCAGCAAGGACAACAAGCUUAAGUUCUCGCUUAAAAAGACUCCCAAAUUGGAGCGGAUGGGACGUUCCCGCCGACGUGAAACGGAGGAGAUGGAGCUGAACCUAAUGAAUCUCCCGUCUAUUAGUGGUGCAGGUGCCAUUAGCGGAAGUGUGGAGAACUAUGAACCGGAAGCGGAGGGCGAUUCCAAGCAGCAGGGCGCACUGGGAGGCGGAGGGGGCGUGGCUGGGGGUGAGGGCGGCGGCGGGGGACUGCUGGGCAAGCGGAAGAAGAAGAACUCGUACAAGGUGACCAUGAUGCAGGUGGCUGUGCCCAUGCUGAUCUUCCCCGUCGUCCUGCUGGGCAGCCUGUUGCCCUUCAUCCUGCCGGCCCUCAAAAUGGCCACCAUUCUGUCGCUGGUUAUGAACAAUGGCGCCUUUAUGGCGGCUUUACUGUACGCAGCCCGCACCCAGUUCAACACCCACGAGGAGCAGCACAUCAGCUACAGUUAG